AUGCAUGUGGAUGGAAGCAGUCUAACAAGUUCACAAGCUCGUCUACAGCCUAUAAUAAUCAUCAUUGCCUCAACAACCCUCGUCUUUACAGGAUGCGGAAUAAAUUUCGCAUUCGGUGUCUUCCAAGAGCUCUAUGACUCCAUGUCAAAGGAACCAAACACACCAUUUACCGGCGCAACACCAGCACAAAUUGACUUGAUCGGUACACUCUCAAUCGCACUAAUGACAAUCGGUGCUCCAUUCGCAACAGCGUGGACAAAGCAAUAUCCUCCUCGAUAUGUCAUCUGGGGUAGUGGAAUAAUUCACUCAAGCGCUCUGCUUUUUGCAAGCUUCAGUCAACACCUAUGGCAAUUCAUCCUCACUCAAGGUGUUCUUCUCGGCAUUGCCACCUGUUUAACUUACAUGCCAUCUGUAACCGUGGCACCGACUUGGUUCUCCCAGCACCGUGGACUAGCGAUGGGAAUAAUCCUAGCAGGAACUGGAAUUGGCGGUGUUGCAUGGCCCCUCGCUUUUCGAUACCUCAUCGAGUCCGUUGGAUUCCGCAACACACUCCGCGUCACAGCGGGAAUCUCUUUCGUAUUCAUCUGCGGCUCGGGGACAUUCAUACGCUGGCCUGCUAGUCAGAUCACUCGUAUUCAAGCCGAGAACGCCGCUUCUACGCGUUCGUCGACAUUCUUCCGCCUUCCAUUGGUUGACUGGCGCGUCGUCCAAAGCCGGAAAUUCGUUGCUCAUGCUCUGGGUGCAGCGUUGCAGUCUGCUGCAUACUAUACACCUGUGUUCUUUUUCGCCUCUUUUGCCCGUACGCUAGGUUACUCACAGGCAACAUCGGCCAACUUCAUUGCCAUCUCGAACGCUGCAAAUGCGCUAGGCAAGGUGAUCAUCGGCCACGCGGCUGACCGUAUGGGGAGACUCAACACCCUGGUUAUAACGACCCUUAUCUCAGCCGUCUCUGUCCUCGCAUUGUGGCUUCCAUCGUGUCUAUCCACUACACAAUCCACCGGGAGUACACUCUUCAUCGCAUUUACGAUAUUCUACGGCAUUUUCGCAUCAGCAUACGUCGCUCUCUUCCCGACGAGUCUGGUAGAGUUAUUCGGUGUGCAGAACUUUGUCAGUGUUAACGGCUUGCUAUACAUGGUGCGAGGCUUUGCGACGUUAGUAGGAACCCCAGUUGCAGGUGCACUGAUCCGCGGAAGUGGGGAGAAGAGUGUCGGUCCGCGAAGCUAUGAGAAUACCAGCGUUAUGGUUGGUGUACUUCUGGUUACGGCGACGUUGGCUGUGGUUUGGGCGCGGCUAGAGGCCAUUCUUACCCUUGAUGCUGCAGCAGGGCGUAGAAUGAAGUGGUUGAUGUAA